AUGCCUACCGUACAGUGCCCAUCUGGUGCUCUUGUCCGUGCUGCCCUUCUUCUUGUUGCCUGCAACAUUCCUGCUGCCCGUAAGACUUGUGGGUUCACCUCUCAUUCAAGCACAUGUGCAUGCAAUAAGUGCAACCGACAGUUCCCUCGCCUUCCAGACUCCAAUGCUGUGGACUACUCUGGGUUCGUGUUUUCUGAGUGGGUGCCUCGCACUGAUGCCGAAAACCGCCGUGAUGCCGAGUUGUGGAGAAUGCCCAGCAGUGAUGCACAGAGAAAGAGAUUGGAGAGGGAAAAUGGUGUCCGAUGGUCAGAAUUGCAUGACCUGGUUUACUUUAACCUCGUGGAGUGCACUGUCAUCGAUCCGAUGCACAACCUGUACCUCGGAACAGCAAAGAGGAUAAUGGAGAAAUGGAGAUCUUCAGGUCUCAUCACAGAUGCACACUUGGCCGAAAUGCAGUUGGAUGCUGACAAGCUUGCCGAUGAGUGGAAGUCUUGGUGCUUGGUGUACUCUCCUGUUCUCCUGCGUGGUCGUCUACCUGAAGCUCAUCUCGGUAACUGGACAAUGUUUGUCAAUGCAUGCCAGUACCUCUCAAUGCCAAGCAUAUCCAUGGCUCACCUUGAUGAAGCCCAUCAAUCUUUGGAGGCUUUCUGCAGAGAGUGCGAGAAGUUGUAUAAAGCCCCAUUCCUUUCGCCAAACAUGCAUCUCCAUCUUCAUCUGCGAGAGACUGUACUGAACUUUGGCCUGGUUUAUGGCUAUUGGCUUUUUAGUUUCGAAAGAUGCAAUGGUAUCUUGAAAAACUAUGCGACAAAUAGAAAAGACGGGUUUGAGGGAACCUAUAUGAAGAAGUAUCUUGAAGAAGCAUACCAGGGAGAUCUUAUUCGCCAAACUUUGCCAAUAAUUCGACCUGAGCAUUCGGCGAUCAUCCUUGAGCUCACUGCAUCCACUGCCAAUUCCAUAGCCACUUCCACUUCCACUGCCACCUCAAUCCAAUUCGAUAUCAAUGCUUUUCUUGAUUCUCCUGAGAUCAACUUUGAUAUCGUCAAGGGAAACGAGCCUUUGCCCCCUUCCGCACUUCCUUUAGCUCUAAAGGGGGAGAUUUCCAUGGAUGAAUCCGAGUAUGAGCAUUUGUUGGAAUACUAUCGCGAGACAUACAAUGAUCAAACUCUUGUUCAUUAUCGUCAGGCUGGUCAUUCCGAUAAUUUUGUUAACAAUCGGAUACAGAAGUUUGAAUCAAUCAAUCUUCUUGGGCAAAUCUACAAGAGCAAAACGAAGAAUCAGCGUGGGUCGUUCAUGCAAGCCUUGUUUGAGACAAGUGAUGGUAGAAGUACCAAGCCAUACGCGGGCCAAAUUCAGUACCUCUUUGUCAAUACUGCUGUAAACUCGUUUGCUG